UCACAUAUAUAUAGCACCUCCUAGCCUAUGAGUUCCUUUGCUAAUCAAUCCUAACCCCAUCCUCUCCUCUUUGCAGAUAGAAGGAGCUCAAGAACACCUGCGAGGCUCAAACAAUGCCGCUCGCAGCUGCACGGCCGUCGCCGCAGCAGCACAGCCGGGUCACCACCAGCGGGAGGGCCGUGGUGGCGUGCGCGGGGCACAUGGGGGUGCCGGGUGAGGUGGCGCGGUACCACGAGCACGCGGUGGGAGCGGGGCAGUGCUGCUCGGCCCUGGUGCAGGCAGUCGCGGCGCCGGCGGACGCGGUGUGGUCGCUGGUGCGGCGCUUCGACCAGCCGCAGGAGUACAAACACUUCAUCAAGAGCUGCCGCCUUGUGGACGGCGACGGCGGCGCGGUGGGAUCGGUACGUGAGGUGUGCGUGGUGUCCGGGCUGCCCGCCGAGACCAGCCGCGAGCGGCUCGAGGUCCUGGACGACGAGCGGCGGGUGAUCAGCUUCCGGAUCGUGGGCGGCGAGCACCGCCUCUCCAACUACCUCUCGGUGACCACCGUGCACGAGGCGGCGUCAGUGGCCGGGCCGUUCACCAAGGUGGUCGAGUCGUACGUCGUGGACGUGCCGCCGGGGAACACGACGGACGAGACGCGCAUAUUCGUGGACACCAUCGUGCGGUGCAACCUCCAAUCGCUGGCCUGCACGGUCGAGCAGCUCACGAUGGUGCCGCGCCACAACUGAUGCCCGCCCGGCCCCAGACACGCCACGGUUGGGCUGCCAGUUUGCUCCCGGGGGGGGUAGUGUUAUUGACCAUUUCUGCUAUAUAUUUUCCUCCCUUGGUUAAUUUGGGGCUGGUUUUUCUCCUCUCUUUUUUAAACUUUAAUUUACUUUUUUUUAUUUCACGAAGUACAAAGUAUACUAUGGAUAAUACUAUGUGUUAACAUUAACACUUACAUGUUAUUGUGCCUAUGUUUCUUUUUCUUUUUUAUUUACUUCUGGACUUGUGGAGUAGCUAGUAAUCUGUAUGUCCUUGCCUAGCUAAUAGCCAUGUAUGUAUGUUUACUUUGAUGGGGUAUUCAUGCUCAAAUGCAGGUAGUUUUUUUAGAACGAAAUGCAGGUAAUAUUUUUUUGAGAAGGAAAUGCAGGUAAUAUUUAUUAUGUUAGGUUUGUUUAGAAAUACCUGAGAUGUGGGUGCCACAAAUUUGUGUGCGUUUGGAUGGAGCGAAUAUGUGAUUCACACAAGUGUUUCUCCAGUUUAAACGGAUGCUGCAUUGCUGCCUAAUUAAUGAGAAUCAUAUCAACCAUGAUUAGUUGCUUCCUUCAGUUCUAUGCAAUAUAGCAUACACGGAGAACCUUUCUGUACCCCAUACAUGUUUUGGUAUUUUUCACAUACAGUAUACACGGAGAAAUUACACGUUCAAACCG